UUUCCUCCUCCCCGCAACAACAACCACACGGUCCUUUACCGCGAAAAGCGCGGUGCCUGUGCCUUUCCUAUCGAGGAAAGCUGGACCUCGCUAGAACCAUAAUGGCUACUGAUUCUUCUGUAGAUGAUGGUAGUUUGCAAUCAAAGAAUGAAUGUUUGUCCUCUGAAUAUGAGAAAGGUGCUGCCCAAGAGAUAAACAUCGAUCGAAUGAGCAAAAGCAAAGCCACUAAUGCUAGAAACACGGACGGAGAAAUGGAAAUAAGUCCCAGUGGCCCUGUAUUAAAAGCCCAGGACCACGCCGAAGUUGUUGUAGCCAAUGCUGCAGAUCCAGCCAUAAAGAUUAAAGUAGAACAAAUGGAGGAAGAUGAAUAUGUAGUUGUUCAUAUAGACGAAGACGAGGAAGGAAAUUUGGCUUAUAUUUCUAACGUUAACAGUGAAGGAGACUCGUCUGAGAGAGAUACAAGUGCCGAAGGGGAUUGGCCAUUUCGCAGUGAAGAUUGCAGUGAGGCCUUUGGGAACAAGGAGGAUUACCUGGGGGAUCGCAGCGAGCAUAUCCAUGAUGGUCCCAUAGUCUGCUUAGACACAGAUUCGCAGUGGGAUGACCUGCUCAUCUCGACCAACAGAGGCCAGAGAACAAUGUUCUGUGCUCUCUGCGGACAAAGGUUUUCAAGCUCUAAACGUUUUUUCAGCCAUCAACUGAUGCACCGCAGACAAGUCAUUACACGGGGGAUAGAUGAGGGUUCAGUAAGGCAUAAGCUUUUCGAAUGUAAGGAUUGUGGAAAAGCUUUUACCACUAUUGGUCAUUGUCUCAAUCAUCAGCGUUCACAUAAACAGGCCUCAAAAUCAGUUUUUCACCAGUUGGCUAAUCUAAAGAAAAAGUCAUUUCAGUGCCCCACCUGUGGACGCUGUUAUUCUCGAGCUUCGGCUCUUGAUGCACAUCGCCGUUGUCAUGAGGUAAAGCUAAUAAAAUCCAAAAUCUGUGAAAAGGAGAAAACUUUAUCACUUAAUGAAGCUCCAGGUCAAACUGAAGACAAUGGGACAAGCUCUGAACAGAAUGAGGAGCAUGAGCAAAAUGUUUUUCAGUGCAUCUGUGACAAAUCUUUUCGCACAAUGUCUGGCCUUGGCACGCACCAGAGAUUCUGUUCAGAAGGAAAGCUGAAGGAGGGAAUUAAGCAUUCGUGUGUUUGCUCUGAAUGCGGGAAGACCUUCGUUAGAUCAAAGGCUCUGUUGUCCCAUCAGCUUUGGCAUAAAAGACGAACACAACUUGUCUGCAAUGGCCAGCCAUAUAAAUGUACUGAGUGCGACAAGGUCUUCACCUCACUUGCAUUCUACAAUAAGCACCAACGAUUGGCACACAGUGAAGAUCUCCCAGUAAAAUCAUUUCUUCAUCAAGUUAUUCAACUCAAGAAGAAGGCUUUUGAGUGUGAGGAGUGUGGUCGUCAGUUCUCACGAGCAUCUGCCCUGCAGUCGCAUCAGCUCUGUCAUACUGAUGUCUUCUGUGACACAGUAGAAGAGCAUGAGGCCGUAGAUGUCAAUCAUGUAGUUGUCCGGAUCACGGCUUCAGAUGAUUCCAGUGAUGAGUCCAGCAGUGAUCUCUCUCAGGACCAAAACUCUGAUCUUGAGUUAGUGUGUGAAUCAGACCAUGAGGGAAAAGAUGGCUCGGGCUUCAACCCGAGACAAACUGAAUGCACCUCCUCGCUGCAGUUGAAUCCAGAAAUCGAUGUCAAAAUUGUACAGAUUGGUUAUGAGCACUUAAAUGAUGAACCGUUCAUAAAUGCAGAACUGAUAAGCAAAAUAAGUCCUCAAGAGGCAAAGUAUAAUUGUCCACAUUGUGAUCGAAAGUUUGUCAAGGCUUUGUCCUUGCGCUGUCACAUACUUUGGCACAAAGGGACCCUGGGAAAAAAAUCAUAUGGGAGGAAGAAGUUUGACAAGUUGAUGCCAACUAAGAGGCCCCAUAUAACAUGUGAGGUUUGCGGCCAUGAAAGUGCCUCCAAAAGUGCUCAUAACGUUCACAUGGGCAAGCAUGAGGAUAAAGUAGCAUAUAAGUCUAUUUCGUACCAACUUGCAAAUCUGCAAAAGAACAAUAUUAAAUGUGAAGAGUGUGGCAAGACUUUUUCCCGACUGUCUGCACUGCAUUCUCACCAACAACAUCACAAUAGUAGUAAAAAACCCUUUGCUUGCUUGGAGUGUGACAAGAGCUAUGCAAAUGCAAGUGGUCUGUACAAACACAAGAAGUUUUGCUGUGGCAGUGCCAAACGUGAAAAGACUAAGCAAUUCAACCCAACCAAGUCACUCUUAGGCCCAAAAGUUCAUCACUGUAAAAAGUGUGGUAAAGGCUUUUGGUCUUUGGGGGCUUUCUUUCAUCACAAGCAAACCCACUUGGAGUGCACAAAUGUUGAGAUGGGGCCUUCUGGUACGCCAGACUCUGAGAAUGAUCACAUGCGACGCAAGAAAAGGGGUCCUAGAGGUCGUUAUAAAAAAGUCCAGAAAAAUCAAGUCCAGAAGUGGAAAAAUAACUCUUACCAAUGUCCUGACUGCAGAAAAUUUUUCUCCCAUGCCAUGGCCCUCCAGUUUCACAUGAAAAGUCAUGGCUUUGAGACUGGCCUUCCUUUAAUUGACUCUGACUCAUCUCAGCAACCUCAGUGCCCAACAUGCUAUGAGAUUUUUGCAUCUAAGUCAAAACUACAAAAUCAUCAAAAGCAGUGUUCAAAACUACAGGACCAUGUGGAAUUUCCAGAAGAAUGUAGGAAAGUUGGGAUAGAUGCAUCCUUGCAAAAAGCUGAAGAUGUUUGUGACUCUUCUCAUUCAGCUGAUUCUGAAAGAGAACAGAAAACAUCUUUAGAUUCUGAUAAGAAAUAUAAAUGUCAGCACUGUAGCAGAAGUUUUUCAGUAAUUGGUGCGCUUAAUUUUCACAAGCGAAUUCAUAGCAUAGGUCACCAAUCUAAAAAGCUGUAUUCCCACUCGGCAAAACAGUUAAAGCUUGGCAAAGUAAAGUCAGAGACUUUUGCUUGUGCUGAAUGCGGAAGAUAUUUUAGCUCCAAUUCGGCUCUAGGCACACAUAGGAGAUGGCACGAAGACAAAACAUUUGCCAGAUUUCUCUCAAAGACCAAUAAGAGCCGCUCAAGGAAAAAUGUGGACGAUGGACCUUAUUUAUGCAAAAUAUGCGGGAAAGGAUUCUUUUACCUUUGUGUUCUUCGCCGACAUCAGCUACAUCACCCUCCCAUGGAGGCUCAACCCCAAAAAGAGCCCGAAGCUCCUGAAUCAAACAGUGUUUUUACCUGUACAGAUUGUCAGAUGUCUUUUUCAAGUGGGUCUCUUCUAACAACUCAUUUAGCAGAACAUCACAGCAAGUCGACUGAGAAUCUGCAGUCUGAAAUCCUCCAUUCAGAUGAGUUGGUUACACCCAUCAAACAACCGUACACAUCCAAAACGAAUGUUACUAAACAAGAGAAGACUAUGGUGCUACCCCAUAAGUGCUCCAACUGCAAUAGGAGGUUCUUGACCACACGCGGCCUUUCUUCACACAUAAGUCAGAAACACCGCAAUUUUGUCAAACAAACCGCUUGCUCUCUAGAAGAGAGCUUGGCAUAUAAGAAGCCCUUUGCUUCUGAAAGGACACUUCCUAAAAUGUUGACUAAGAAAACUUCUUUGGAGGAAGAACCUGUACAGCGUAGUCAAAACAUAGAACUUAGUUUUUUGAAAUGUGAUAAAUGUGCUGAAGCAUUUCCUAGUGAGGAGCAGUUAAACGCUCACAAAGAGGUGGCGAAGGCUCGUCCGCACUGCUGCUCACUUUGCUGCCACGGUUACUGGACUGCAAACCAGCUUCAGCAGCAUCUCGCGGGGCACAAUGAAGCACCCCAGCAUCUCCCAACCAAACUGCGAUACAGAUUGAGUGCUUCCAUGGCACCUGGGCCUUCAGACAACCUGCAAGCUUUAUCACACAGAUCCGAGUCUAUAGUCAAGCUGCCUGUAGCCCUUGUAAGUCCACAACUUGGUAGCCAUAAAUGUCAACAAUGUGGAAAAACAUUCUUGUCACCUCGUGCUUUGCAGCAGCACCAGACUCUUCACAAAAACGCGGAGCCGUACCAUUGUUCUUUGUGUUCACAGAUCCUUAAUGAUAUCAGAAGUCUUACUGACCACUAUCAGGAGUGCUUGGGUGACAAAGAGCUAAAAGAUAGGUACUCUACUUCCGCAGUAAGAGGCGAGGUUAACCUAACUUGCAUUGAGUGUGGGAUAUUCUUCAAACAGGAAACAGAACUGCAUCAGCAUUAUAUUGAACAUGCACGUGGGCUCUAAAAUGUGUAAAUAAUGCAUGAAGCUGGACAUGGUUUCUGGAACAUUGUUUACUGCUUGUUUGAUUCAAGAUUUUUGUUACCUGCUGUGAGUGUUACUAUGCAAUAGAAGAACUGUAUGUCAUGAAAAUGAAAAUGCCAUGAUCGGCUUUUGCUAAAAUUGUUGUAGAGAGAAAGAUGUCUGCUAAAUUGAAAGCAUUAUCACAGAUGUCCUUUAAACCAAUAUAUUAUAAUUACAUUAAAGUUGUACAUUUCUAUUACUCCUUUUAAAAUCUCUUUAGAUCUCUGCAAAGUGUUUUGGUGUAUUUUAGGGGAUUUUAAAGAUUUAUAUUCAUUCUCUCUUUUUUUUUGACAUUGUCAUUGUUCCUUUAUUGACCUC